GCAAUGGGUAGUAGAGAAAUGAGAGUUGUGGAAAUAAAAGAGAGCCCUUAUCUUAUUUAAAACAGAAAAAGAAUUCAACAACAAGAAGGGAUGAAAAUAGGCAGAUUUGUGGUUACCCAAUUCCAGUUGUUGAAGAAGAACAAAGGGAGAAGAAGAAGAAGAAAGAGAAACGCUUCUCCAACCCCUCAUCAUCGUCACCAAACAAAUGCAAAGCUCCAAUUCUCCUUCAGCUGCUUGUCAGUUGCACAGCACUCCAAUUAACUUCAGUUGUGCAAUCGUUGAAGCAGUUCAAAAUGGCUCACUCGUAACUCAACUACCAGGCUUCAAUGGUGUUUUCCCAUCCAAACACUACUCAGGAUAUGUGAAGGUAGAUGAGAAGAAUCUCUUCUACUACUUCGUCGUUUCAGAAAGAAACCCUUCCAAGGAUCCAGUUGUCUUGUGGUUGAAUGGUGGACCAGGAUGCUCUAGCUUUGAUGGAUUUGUUUAUGAACAUGGUCCUUUUAAUUUUCAAGAGGGAAAACCCAAAAGAAGCCUGCCCACACUUCAUCUCAAUCCAUACAGUUGGUCUAAGGUUUCAAAUAUUAUUUACUUGGAUUCUCCAGUUGGUGUGGGCUUCUCUUACUCUAAAAAUACAAGCACAUACAUAACAGGAGACCGGCAGACUGCAGCUGAUACACAUGCCUUCCUCCUCAAGUGGUUUGCUCUCUAUCCGGAGUUUGUUAGCAAUCCAUUUUAUAUCUCAGGAGAGUCUUAUGCAGGAAUUUAUGUGCCCACUCUUGCUUCUGAAGUGGUGAAAGGAAUCAAAGCUGGUGCAAAUCCCAGAAUCAAUUUCGAGGGUUACAUGGUGGGAAAUGGGGUGACAGGCUCUAUUUUUGAUGAGAAUGCUCUCGUCCCAUUUGCACAUGGGAUGGCCCUAAUUUCAGACGAUAUUUUUGAGGAAGUUGAAGCCGCUUGUGGAGGCAACUAUUCUAACCCAACUAAAAGUUGUGAUGAAAACCUUGAAAAGGUUUACACGGCAAUUGCCGAUCUUAAUAUUUAUGACAUUCUUGAACCUUGCUAUCAUGACCCGAUUGGACAACAAGACUCAAAAGGAAACACAAGCUUGCCAGUUAGCUUCCAGAAAUUAGGAGCUACAGAGAGGCCUCUUGCAGUGAGAACGAGGAUGUUUGGUCGUGCUUGGCCUUUUCGGGCACCUGUUAAGGAUGGCAUUGUCCCUUUAUGGCCUGAACUAGCAGCAAACAAGCUGCAUGUAUCAUGUAUUAACGAUGAAGUUGCAACAACAUGGCUAAACGAUGCAGCAGUUAGGAAGGCAAUUCAUGCAGAACCAGAAAAUGUAGCUGGUCCGUGGGAGUUAUGUACAGACAGAAUUAGCUAUGAUCAUGAUGCUGGAAGUAUGAUUCCUUACCAUAAAACCCUUACAGCUGAAGGUUAUCGCGCACUUAUUUUCAGUGGAGACCAUGACAUGUGUGUGCCAUACACUGGGAGCCAAGCCUGGACAAAGUCACUUGGAUAUAAGACAACAAAUCAAUGGAGAUCAUGGUUUUCUAAUCAGCAAGUUGCUGGGUACUUGCAAGGAUAUGAGCAUAACAUUACCUUUCUAACUGUCAAGGGUGCAGGACAUACAGUCCCUGAAUACAAGCCAAGGGAAGCAUUAGACUUCUAUAGCCGAUGGUUGGAUCGGAAACCAAUAUGACAUCAAAGAUAGUUUUCUUUCUCAAGAAAAAUACCCUUCCAUUUUUCAUCUCUUGAUAUUGGACACAAUGCAUGUGCUAGAAAGGUUUAAUUUUUUUUUUUGGUAUAAAUGAAAGAAAAUGAAAGGGAAUAAAUAAAAACAGCUUUUAAUUUUCAGUUUGAUUUGAUUCGAUUACUCAAUAUCUUAUAUUAAAGUUUUUU